AUGUAUUAUCUAGCAUGUCCAACAGAUCAAUUGGAAGAUUCGGGCGCCUGGAGUGCUCUUUUGGCAAUUCUCUCUCAGGUCGAACGUCUCUCACCCUAUUUCAACCGUACGGACGGUGGUAAUAAAAUUUUUACGGCGGGCAAUGGCAAGCUUUGGAGAGUAAUUCAGGAUCCAGCCGCUACUGAAAACAUCUGGCAUGCCCAAGAAAUCACUCUUGCUGCGGCGCCGGAGGCCGAACCUACCAAUUUCAAGUCUGACACUACCUCAAUUCAUGUCUUGCAGUUUGAUAAAGACUUGCCAAUUGCAAAUGUAAUUGUGGAUCUCUCUGUCAAAACCCGUACCCCGGUAUACAUCGACGGUCUCUACUACGUUCUGUCAUCCACUCUGAUCCAGGUCAUGGCUGAAACGACAGGUUUCCUCACGGUGAUUGAGGCUCCUGAUGACCUUCAUGCGGCUACCUUGACAAUUUCCCUGGAUAACACUUCGCUCAGGAUCAGCCCCAUGGACCAUACCUUUGCCAAGAUCGCCUCGCGAGAUUCAGCAUACAAGACACGCGACACCCAGUUCCCCAGCCAGACCGUUGCCGGUGGUAUUAUGGAUCACCAAAUCACAGAACCCUCCUCGAGCCUGCGCCAACCGAUGACACUGUAA